AUAGUUUCAGGUUUCCGCUCCCGAAAUGGUGGUAAAGGAAAUCCAGAUCCGUUUUCAUCAGCAGCGAAUUUUAGUGAGCACCCAACAAUCUUAACUCGAAGCCAGUCCCGAAACACUUGUAGAUUGUGCUUUGAGUCUAACGUGAAACAUUUGGAGCGGCACGUUUUACAGCAUCACAUAAAACAGCCAAUGUUCUUGUGUCCUUGCUGCAACUUCAGCAGCUGCUAUUCAUCAACGUCGGUCAAGGAUCAUAUUAAGACUCGUCACAGCAUGUUUGAUCCCGUGCCGCUGGAUGUGAGGGAAGAAUACGUAGAACUCAUUCAAACGGUUUAUAAUCAGUGUUUUGUUGACGAGACUAGUGCGCUGGUCGGUAGGAUUGCUUUCAGACAGGUGCGGUUUUAA